UCUGGAAUACCUCCCUGUCAUCUUAUGUAUUCUUACUGUUGGCAGCGCGUCAAAUUUGACAGCGCACUCUCGUCGAUGGCAUACUGAACAACCAUCUGAGCACAAACGAAUGAGUCGAACUGCAUCCAUUCAGGUCUGACUGUGAGGAUGUUUACAACUUCAGUCACGACCGUCGACUCUAAACCAAUCGAUCGGGAAGAAUUCAAGCGGAUUCAUGCGCCCAAAAAAUGCGGCAGAUUACGAGAAGCUGCAGACGAAACAGCGGGCGCAAGUGAUUCUUGACCACUAUCAAUUGCUCAUGCAUUAUGGCAUAGUAAAUGACAAGUCCAUACCUCAAACACGUUUAUAUUUUCAGAAGGUGGCAUUAGGCAUUGCGACGGAGCCUAUCAUCAAGAAUUGGUUCAGCGAUGGCCUUUGAACAUGGUGACUGUUGGACAUUCCGUACAGCCUCACAGCCUGAUGACAUGACGAGGCUGAGAAGGCGGUGAAACUAUAAUUUAUUCUGCCGAAAAUAAAAAUAAUUCCACUUCCAUUCGACAUUUGC